GCUUAUCCUUGCCGUGGACGGCACCGGAUUGUGUCCCCCUCAUGGUGGUGGGGGUGCCGGAGCUGUUCCAGCAGACGGAGGAAGGAGCUGCUCUGUCAUCUUUGCGUUCCGCCGAGCGGGGCCGCCUCCUGUUUCUGGGAUGACUUUGCACCGUCAGAGCUCAAGGCGCCGGGCAAGAGGAGAGAGCCUCGGCCUGUCUCUCUAAGGCUAGGCCUGGAGAAGUAGCAGACUGAGGGCCACCUUUAUUCUUCCCCCUAGCAAAGGCUUCUGUGCUUUUUCAAUAGAUGCGUGGUAGGCUGAAAUUCAACAGGUGUAGCGUUCCCUCGGAGAUACAGUAAUGAACGCUGUAUCUGUGCCUGUUUGGGGAAGGGAUGUAGCUCAGUGGUCGAGCAUCUGCUUUUCGUGCAGAAGGCUCCAGGUUCAAUUCCCGGCAUUUCCAAGUAGGGUUGGGAGAGAUCACCGCCUGAAACCCAGGACUACUGCUGCCACUCAGUCAUAGUACAGCCUAGAAGCACCAUGUCUCGAAGAUAUGAUUCCCGAACUACAAUCUUUUCCCCAGAAGGUCGCCUGUAUCAGGUUGAAUAUGCUAUGGAAGCCAUUGGACACGCAGGCACCUGCCUAGGAAUCUUAGCAAAUGAUGGAGUGUUGCUGGCAGCAGAAAGGCGCAACAUCCACAAACUUCUGGAUGAAGUAUUUUUUUCAGAGAAAAUAUACAAGCUCAAUGAGGAUAUGGCAUGCAGUGUAGCUGGCAUUACUUCAGAUGCCAAUGUGCUAACAAAUGAACUGAGGCUAAUUGCGCAAAGGUAUUUGUUGCAGUAUCAAGAACCAAUUCCUUGUGAGCAGUUGGUAACAGCACUGUGUGAUAUCAAGCAAGCUUACACACAAUUUGGAGGAAAACGUCCUUUUGGGGUUUCAUUGCUGUACAUUGGCUGGGAUAAGCACUAUGGAUUCCAGUUGUAUCAGAGUGAUCCUAGUGGGAACUAUGGUGGAUGGAAAGCAACCUGCAUUGGAAAUAAUAGUGCUGCCGCUGUGUCCAUGUUAAAGCAAGACUACAAAGAGGGAGAAAUGACCUUGAAAUCUGCACUUGCUUUAGCUGUCAAAGUCCUGAACAAAACCAUGGAUGUUAGUAAACUCUCUGCAGAGAAAGUCGAGAUUGCAACUCUGACAAGAGAGAAUGGAAAGACAGUAAUAAGAGUUUUAAAGCAAAAAGAAGUGGAAGUGUUGAUAAAGAAGCAUGAAGAGGAAGAAGCCAAAGCAGAGCGUGAAAAGAAAGAAAAAGAGCAAAAAGAAAAGGAUAAAUAAACCAGAGACCUUAAAGAUGGGAAUGGGCCUCUUUCAGUAAACUAAUAACAGAUCUUAUUGGUCGAGUGCAGAAGCCAGGAAUGCUGUUUGUUGAAUUAGUUCCUUUUGUACCAAUGAAACAUAUAACCCAUUUCUUCAGUGUAUUUUGAUUUCUCGUGGUUCUUCUCAGCUUUGUUUUUUAUUACUUAAUAAAAGUUGUAAAAUGA